AUGGGGGACUCGAAAAAGGAGGGCCUGCUGCCGCCGGCCACACGGAGGGACCCAUAUGAGGUGUUGUCUGUGUCAAGGGAUUCUUCUGAUCAGGAAAUCAAGACUGCUUACAGAAAGCUUGCUCUCAAGUACCAUCCAGACAAGAACUCUAGCAACCCUGAGGCUUCAGAGCUUUUCAAGGAGGUUGCAUAUUCAUAUAGCAUUUUAUCUGAUCCAGAGAAAAGGAGGCAAUAUGAUAAUGCAGGAUUUGAGGCCCUUGAUGUGGAAGGAAUGGAUAUGGAAAUUGAUUUAUCCAAUCUUGGAACUGUCAACACAAUGUUUGCAGCUUUAUUCAGCAAGCUGGGUGUCCCCAUCAAGACCACAGUUUCUGCUAAUGUUCUCGAAGAAGCUUUAAAUGGAACUGCUACAAUAAGACCUCUUCCAAUCGGAACUUCCGUCAGUGGAAAGGUAGAAAAGCAAUGUGCUCACUACUUUGGUGUAACUAUUAACGAGGAACAAGCUGAGGCAGGAAUUGUAGUUAGAGUUACUUCAGCUGCACAAAGCAAAUUUAAGCUCCUUUACUUUGAACAAGAUGCAAAUGGGGGGUAUGGACUGGCAUUACAGGAAGACAGUGAGAAGACAGACAAGGUUACAUCGGCCGGAAUGUAUUUCUUGCAUUUCCAAGUAUACAGAAUGGAUUCAACUAUAAAUGCGUUGGCCAUGGCUAAGGAUCCGGAAGCUUCUUUCUUCAAGAGAUUGGAAGGCCUUCAACCUUGUGAGGUCUCAGAACUAAAGGCUGGCACCCACAUAUUUGCUGUUUAUGGAGAUAAUUUCUUCAAACCUGCUACCUAUACAAUUGAGGCUCUCUCUGCAAAGUCCUAUGAGGAUUCAUCUGAAAAACUUAAGGAUAUUGAGGCUGAGAUUUUGAGGAAGAGAAAUGAGCUACGCCAAUUCGAAACAGAAUAUAGAAAGGCAUUGGCACGCUUCCAAGAAGUCACUAACAGAUACAGCCAGGAAAAGCAAUCUGUUGAUGAAAUGCUAAAACAGCGAGAUAGCAUCCACUCGUCUUUUACUGUUGUAAGGUCGGUGGGUAAUACUAGCGAGAGUGGACAUUUUAGCAACGGAAAUAGCAGCAAAAUUCCUGGUGAAGAGUACAAGUCUGACAGUCCGGGAGAAGAAGGCAGUUCCGAUUCUAAGGACAAAUCUGCAAAGAAGAAAUGGUUCAAUUUCAACCUCAAAGGGUCUGAUAAAAAGUGA